UGAACAUAUGUAACAUCGCAUCUCCAGGUCUGUGUAAUCACUGCUCUUCACAACAUAAUCUUGUAACAUGGACGUUAAUUCCAUGGCUCAUUGUAAAUCACACAGCAUAAAGGGGAAUCGGGACAAAUACUCCUUGGCUACAGUCCAGCACUCUCAUUUUCGCUUCAUCGAUUGUGCGGCUCUUAUUGAGGACGGUCUGAUACAGAUACUUGCGUAUCCUGAGUUGUCUGAGGACUACGUCGCCAUUUCCUAUGUCUGGAGAGGGCAUCGUGCCGCAUUCGAAGAGCCGGAAACAAACUUCAUUCGUGUCAAAGGAGGCGAAGCCGCAGAUCCCAUCAACGUCGAUGUCUUGAGGUCAGCCUGUCAGGCUGCAGUAUCGGCUGGUUGCAACUUACUUUGGCUUGACCAACUUUGCAUCAUGCAGACUUCGAAGAUCGAUAAAGUUUGGCAGAUCACAAACAUGUACGACAUAUAUCAAUGCUGCAAACGAUGUAUUAUACUCCCUGGCGGUCUCAGUCGAUUGUCCACUCUCUUCGAGCCUUGUCCUUGGAUGACGAGAGCAUGGACACUUCAAGAAGCUCUUGCGCCUCCAGAAGUCUUUGUCCUGUUCGCCUGGCAACUCGGAGAUCAAAGCUACCAAGCAAACACCACGAUUAUGAUUGAGCAAGUCGAGGAGAGAAAAUCGGCCACUAUCAGUCUGCGUUCUUACAUGUAUGCCACGGCGAGAUAUUCAGAUAUUGCCAAUAUGAGCAGUAACACGAGCGGAGGCGUUUCUGAAUCGAACCUGGCAAGAACGUUAUUAAAUGCGAUCAGCUUCGGCAGUCAAGAUGGUCCCCGUCGCUCUCUGGCUAUCCUACAGAGCUCUUUCCUACGUACAUCAUCCCGACCGGUAGAUAUGGUCUUGAGUAUCAUGGGUUUGUUCGGCGUCAAACUAGAUCCAUCAGCUUUUGCGCCAGAAGAUCGCCAGAGAGCCAUGCAAGAUUUUCUAAGGAUAUGUUUGCAACGAGGGGACUCGGCGUAUUGGCUCGGAAUCAAUCCGGAAAGACCAGGCGGUUCAGAAAUCAGUUAUCUUCCUCCUCUGCCUGAGACGAUCGUGGAUGGUGCGCCUCAGAUCCGAACAGUCCAAGGUGGUUUGAUCGAAUCUGAAGAGCACAUGCUUGGUCAUGCCAAGCUUCUCACGAAUACGCCCACAGGCGUCAUCGAUGCGUCUGGUAUACUGAGACUUCGUACUCACAGCUCUAUCAUCUUAUACAUCAUGUCAUUCACCAAAUACAUUGAAAUCCCCGAAGACUUCGCUCAGCUGGGCUUUCUCGUCGACCAAGCAGACCAAGAUACAAACUAUCGACUAUGGAAGACUGUCCAUGAUCGCGGCAUGAGUGGAAAAAGAUCGCGAAAAAUCAGGGCCCAAAUCAAGUCAUCCUUUACCCAGGAGCUGCAAGAUUUGAUAGUCGUCGAAGAACAACGAUGCAAGGUCUUUCAAGCUGUGCAUGUCGGCGAGAGACAUUAUUUGGGUCCUGGUGAAUACCCAACAAUGUGUUACCGGGAACCUAAUGUCUUUUUUCUUGUACAACGUGAUGCUAACGACAAGAAUCAUACUUGGAAGAAGAUUGGGUAUGGAGAAGUUUCGAAAGCGGUCUUGAAACGUUGGAGGUUUGCUGACAUCUUAUUAAGAUAAUAUAUCAUGUCGUGAUCAAGGAAGUUAGCUAGGAUUAACAGGUUGCAAGAAUACUUGCCUGUUAUUUGGGUAAUA